AUGGUCGACGAGGCAGAAUACGUGUCGAAGUGGCUAUGGGAGCAGGGCAAGACUGAGAAAAAGGAACGACGAGUGGUGGACAGCCGACUCUCACGAUAUUGGCAGCCAUCUGUCUGUUGGAGGUAUAAAGCAAAGGGCCGUGCGUCUGGCGAAAAAUCGAGGUCGACGCCAGCCAAGGACGCGAUUCUUGGGGGGGACCAUGUCGUCCACGUCCGAGCGGGCGGCCAGGUCUGGUGGUGGGAAAAAAUCGAUAGAUCGAUGGCCGUCCAGAGAGAAGUCGGGUCGAUGGCGGUGGCUUUCCCACGUAGCCAGCGAACCAUUGGCGUACGAUUCCGCCCGUCCAAGACUUCGAGGGAGGCAGACGGGGCACGAGGGCGGCGUGGGACCUCGACUGCUCCAGAAGCGCUAGAACCUGAGUUUUCCGCCGCUAGGCCCGGAGACGGAGACGACGGCCGGGCUGCGCAUCUGUCGACGAAGCGAAUCAUGGGUCGUGAGAAUCCAAAGGGUCCCUUGGACACGUACGGCAAGGUCGAGAGGGGGCAAGAUCCACAGCGGGAAAAAUCAUCCGCGCCAGUACCUCCGUACGACUAG